AUGGAGAGCGGGAAGGUAGAUCGGGAGACUUUCAAGGAUGGUUGGGAGACCUGCAAGGAUGAUCGAGAGAGGAUGCAGAAGGAGCGACCCAUGGAGGCUGGUGGAUCCAGUUGUCGCCGUUCGGGAAGAGACGAAGACUGCGUUCUGGAGGCAGAGGGGGAGGUUGUGUCUAACCUUGUGCCCUUUUCUCAGGAACAUUUGGCGCCCACCGUGGGGCCCGAGGAUCUUAACACAACCCAAAAAGCGACCACGAUGGCAGGAGAGGUCCCGUUGCAGCUACUUCAGGAGAUGCAGAGGCAGAUGCAGGAGAUGCGGGCAGAGAUGGCAGCAAUGAGGGCAGAGCGGGGUGAGGGGAGAGGUGGACCUUCGGUACAGUCUGUGAACGUGGAAACUAUCAAUUCUAGGAGUGAUGACAACCAACCUACGGUCCAGGGGAAUGCGGGGAAUAAUGCUGGGUCAGGGAGAGGGGUUGGAAGAGGAAACAACAGAGGUGGAGGAAGAAACAGGGGAGGCAGGGGUAAUGGGAGAGGAAGGGGACGAGGUGAGGGAAGAGGAGUGGGAAUAAAUGAGAACGAAAACGAGGGAGAGCAUGAGGUGAGAAAUCAUGGGGAAAGUGAUGGGGACGAGCGGGGAAACGGGACGGAGGAGUAUAACUGUCGACGUGUGGGGGAAAUACCCGAUCAGGCCGAGGGACUGCAGCCUUUCACUACAAGGGUGAUGAGGGCAACCAUACCAGAGAAUAAGGUAUUGCCGUCAAUGGAAAGGUAUGAACCUUUGACUAAUCCGGUGAAGCAUCUUCGUUCAUUUGUCGAUGCUAUGGCGGUCUAUUUGGCGAACAAGUUGGUUUGGUGCAGGGUCUUUUCCUUGUCACUAAAAGGGGAGGCGUUGGAUUGGUUCCACUCCUUGUUGCCACGUUCCAUAGAUGGGUUUGCCACACUGAGACAACUCUUCAGUCAACAAUAUGUGUCCAAUCGAACUCCGGGCGUAACUUACAAUGCCCUAGUAAGGUUGAGGCAAGGGAGGGAUGAACCUCUCAAAACAUUCAUGGAUCGGUUCAACCGAACCGCCCGACAGGUGCGGAAUGCGGAUCAGAGAAUGAUAGUGAGUGCCCUAACAACCGCUUUGCAGCCAGGACCUUUUGUAGAUUACCUCUACGCAGAAGAACCUCAAACAAUGGAUGAAUUGCAUAAUCGUUUAGCCAGUUUCAUCCGCAUUGAGGAAGGAAGAUCACACCAAAGGAGUAGAGAAGAAGGGGAAUCCGCAAGUAGGAUGACAAAAGAUAGGAGGGGAGAGAGAAGGGGGUUUGGAAGAGUAGAGAGGGGGAACGGAUUAAAAAGGGAGGGGCGACUUAACAUACCCCAAUACGUUCAUCACACGCCUUUGAAUGCUCCCCGGGCCAGAGUGAUGGAAGAGGCGUUGAGGGCUGAUCUGCUGGCGGUGGUCAGGGCGCCUACCCCUUCGGGAGCUGAUGAAAGCAAGUACUGCUGCUAUCAUCAUAAUAGGGGGCACACUACGGAGGAUUGCACAACCCUCAAAGACAAGUUGGAAAGUUUGGUACAACAAGGCCAUUUGCGACAAUUCGUUCAAAGGGGAAGACCCGUUGGAGAAGGUCGCGGGAAUGUAAACACCCCCCGACGGGGGCAGGACGGGGAAAAGAGAGGCCCUCGAAGCCGGAGCAGAAGCCGGGAACGAACGGUGAGGGGGGUCAUAAACACGAUAUCAGGAGGAUUUGCCGAUGGAGGGCCAACGGUGGCGGCCCGUAAGAGGCAUUUGAGGGGUUUGCACCAUGUCAACCAGGCGAGGAUAACGAGAAAAUCAAUGCCGGUGAUUUCAUUCUCAGAUGCUGAUUUUCACGCUGUGGACCCUGACCAAGACGACCCAAUGGUGAUCACGACAAUGGUUGCUUGGUACCAAAUAGGAAAAACUUUGAUUGAUCAAGGAAGCUCAACCAAUAUCUUAUAUUGGAAAACAUUUCAGCAGAUGGACAUAUCGGAGGAAGCUGUCAUGCCUUUUCAUGAGCAGAUUGUGGGGUUUGCUGGCGAACGGGUAGAUACCAAAGGCUAUAUCGACCUCGAGACAAUUGUGACUGAUAAUGGAAGGCAGUUCAUAGACAAGAAGUUGGUAGCCUUCUAUAGGGAAUUGGGGAUUACCCUGGUCACCAGUUCGGUAGAACAUCCCCAAACGAACGGCCAAGCUGAAGCUGCUAACAAGAUUAUCCUGCAGGAAUUGAAGAAGAUAUUGGGAGAAGCAAAGGGGCGAUGGGUGGAGGAAAUAGAUCAGAUACUCUGGGGGUAUUGGUGUUCGCCGCAUAGUUCAACCGGAGAGUCACCCUUCAAUUUAACUUAUGGGAGUGACGCUAUGUUAUUGGUAUAG